AUGGGUGCUAUAUGUUCAUGUAAAUGUUGUGGAUGCUCAAAGGCCAAGCCAAAUCCUCCUUAAAAAGUUGAGCAGACUAAACCUAAAUUGAUAAUUGAACCUAAACCAGAACCCAAACCAGAACCAAAACCGGAACCAAUAGUUGUGGUACCAGAACCAGAACCAAAGCCAGAAAUUUAGAUAGAAGAAAAAGUGGAUUUGAACCCACCUGAAGAAGCAAAACCAAUUGAGGUUGAUAAGGAAGAAAGUAUUUAAUAAACAGAUCAGGACGAAUCAGACUUUGAUAAAGCAGUAACUGCUAUUUUAGAUAGAAGCAAAGUCUUUUAGGAAAAUAAGAAGGAAAUAGAAAACCAAUUAAGUGCUAUGUUUAAACAAGAUUAAAAUAAAAUAAGAGAUUGUUCAGAAAAUCCCGAUUUUUGUGGACCUAAUGUAGCAAACAGAAAUAUUUGUGAUAUCAAAGACAAAUACGAUUUUUCCAAAGUGAAUGAAUUUUAAGAAUAUAGAGGAAAAAUAACUAUAGUGAGAUUAAUCUAAAAAUAAAAAUCGGCAAUUUGCACUUAUCUUGGCAAAAUAGAUGACAAAUAUUGUUGUGUAAAAUUAUUGCCAAUGGCAAAGAAAGAAGAUAUUAAAAAGUGGAUAGAAAGAGUUUUAUAGGUUUAGAAAAAACCUGAUGAUGCGAUGAUAGAGAUCUUUGGUUAAAAAUAUUACUAUUACAAAAUAGAAGAUGUAAAGAAUGAACAAGAAUAUUGCAACUGUUAUAUCAUUAGCAACCUAGAAUAAUAUAAUACUUACACUUUUAGCCAUCAUUAAUCAAUAACAUUAUUAGACAAAGUAAAAAUGGCAUAUUAAGCCAUCCAAGUAAUUUCCCUAGCUUUGAAAGCUAAAAUAUAAGAUGAUAAAUAAUCUGUAAAUCAAAGGCUGUCUGUAUAGAUAUCUAAGAAAUUGUGCACAGUGAAAAGAAAUAAUAUAUUGAUUUCUAGAGAUCAAGAAAACAAUAAAGAUUUUAAAUUACUCUUAUCUGAUUGGUAAUUGUUACUUGAUGAAUUUGAAAUGAUUAUUCCAAAUCAGAAACUUUAAAAUGAAGAUAAGAAUUAUGAAAAAUGUGUUAUUUUACUUCAAAGCGUGUCUGGCAAUCUUAGGAAUGCAGCUAGAUAGUAGGAGGACUUAGCAUUCAAUAAAGAUAUGAUAGAAUUGGAUGAAUUUACAAAAAAAGUUUUGUUUCUAAUAUUUUUUAGGGUCAAUUUUGAGUUACUUGAUGAAGUUGAACUAAAAGGUUUUAUAAAUGAAAUGAAAUUGAAAAAAAUAAAAGACAAUAUAGAUAAAAUUAAAGGCAAAGCAUUGGAUGAACACUAAUAAUUAAAAAGUUAAAUAAAAUCACGCUAUGCUUAAUCGGAUAAGUAAGAUGAAAAAGAUAAAAAUGAGAAGAUAGAGGACAAAAUAAACAAUAGCUAAAAUUAGCUACCUCAACUCAUUUGUUAAGAAUUUGGGUUUAUCGACUAAGAUGAUAAUAAUUUACUCUAUCAAAUUUACAUUAUGUUAGAAGUUUUAAGUACUGAAGCUAUGCGAACUCCACUUAGAGAAAUUCAAGAAGGGCGUCAUUGA